UUGAAUUCACAUUUACAGGAGAUAUGGAUAGAUUCUCCGCAUUGCCUCGGAACCCGGGAAGUAUUAUCGAUUCACAAGGAGAAGCAAAAGAGCGGAAAGAUCUUUGAAAAGUGGGAAAUGGGUAACUAUUAUUGGCGAACAUUCGCAAAAAUCGAUAAACGAGUCAACUAUAGGCGUUCGUUAGUCCUCUAUUACAAAAAUAUUCAGAAAAACGACAAAAUUAUACUGUUCGCUGAAACUCGGGAGGAAUGGAUGACAACUGCUCUUGCAUGCUUCAAGAGCUGCUUACCAGUUGUUACUGUAUAUGCCACACUCGGUGACGAAGCUGUGGAAUAUGCUUUGAGAGAAGUCGAUGCGAAAACUGUUUUCACAUCUGAAAUCUUGUUGCCUAAGGUGUCGAAAGCGAUAAAAAAUGGCGCUGAUGUAAAGAACGUCAUCUAUUUCCCGAGCCCUGAUCCAGCGACUGAUCACAAGCAUGAUGAUGAGAGCGUACAAAUGCUCUCCUUCGAGGAUCUGCUGAAUAAGGGAACUGUAAGUUUUAGGAACCGAACCAUUUACGCCAAGGAGCUCACAGAAGACAUAGCCGUCAUAAUGUACACUUCUGGAACAACUGGAAACCCAAAAGGAGUCAUGAUUUCUCAUGAGAAUAUCCUUGCAGCUGUAGCAGGGCAACUAGCUGUUAUUGAUAUCAUGUAA